AUGCUUGGCCUGGUGCGUCUCUUGCGUCUCGUGCUGGCGCUGUCUGUGCUUAGGCCAAUCUUGGGCUGCAACGGCGCAGAUGCCUUCUGCGACCUUCCCUUGUCCAAAUACACCUUUCCUGGAACGCACAACUCCAAUUCAUACAACUUGGACAUCCCAGAGAUCAUUCCGGACGACAUACCUGGUGUGGACGUCAACGAAGUGCUAAGGUGCUUUUUUGAAAACCAUGACUUGUCUCCCGUGCAGCAACUGAAUGUCGGCAUCCGCAGCUUCAUGGUAGAUCUUUGUGAUCGUCCAAAUACGUCAGCCCUAUUCAAUUGCCACGGGCAACAGGGCGCAAGGGCUUGGGGAGGCAACUUCGCGGAUGACGUGGAUGGCAUGCAGAAGUGGUUGACCAUCAACCAGCGUGAGCUCAUCGCCGUGGCACCCGAUGACAUGCAUACAGGCUCGGAUGGAAACCAGCGCUGGCUCGAUCUGAUGGGAAGCCAGUUUGGAGGUCCUUGCCUGGAAAUAGGUGAAGCGACAGAUGUAUCAACUUGGUCCCGGCGCAGCCAGGUGUCAUGUGCUGUGCUGGUUGGCCGGCCCAACGAUAAUGUCACAAUGGGUGCUCUCGUGAAUAACAACCUACGCGCAGUCAUUUUUCAGCGAGAUUGGCGGAGCCUCUUCUACAGCACAUAUGGAGAUGUCCAUCCAGGGGCCACCUCUCAAAAGCUGCUGGAUGACUUAGUGGCCUAUGGCGAGGGCAACAAGCCGAUGACGCCCAACACGUUGUUCUUGUUCCAAAUAUUCGGUUCAGCCAAGAUACCAGACUUCAGCUUGUACAAGGCCUGCCCCGACCCGAUUUGCAAGGCAGCUGCGCUCGUUCGAAUCAAGGACGAGCUGAGGCUGGACUGUGUCAAGCAGAUGGCGACCGGGUUCCACACAGACCUGAUGCAGGACGACACGCAUGCACAUGAGUUCUCCACAGGAGAGGCAUGCCCAGAACAUGCCUGCGGAUGUUUGGGAUACAGGUCGCCCAUUGAAGUGGUGCACCAGAAGCUUCUGCAAAAUGGACAUGCUGUCCAGAGCAUCUAUGUCGACUACCCUGAGGUGGGGGAGAGAAGCAGCGUAGCACAGGUCGUUGUACGAAUGAAUGAGGCAAACCUUCGCCAUUUCCGUGGUGAGGAGGAGCCCGGUGCGGAUUGGUGGUCUUGCCACUGGCAGCCGAUUGCCGCAAUUACCGUGCCCUUGACAAUGCUUGGCCUGUGUGGCCUCUACUUGUUCCUGGCCGUUCGCUACCCAAAAAAGUAUGGUGUGUGGUUCUGGAAAGAGUGGCAGGCGUACCAAGUUCGGAAUGAAAGGAGGAAGGAAGGCAGGGCAAGGGGGCGUGAAGAAGCACGAGCCUACUUGCAUGAGGAUGGUCGUGCAGGGGACAUGUCAAUUCCUCAGCAGAUUCCACCCAUGGUGGUUGCCCCUAGUGCUGGAUAUGCUCAGAGCAACGGGUAUGCUCAGAGCCAUCAAAAUCCCCAACACUUUCAAACCAGCUACCAGGGAAACUUCCAAAAGUUUGCGGACACAGAGUGA